AGUUAGUUUAGAUGUUAAUUCCAUUGGUAUUCACAAUGAAGUUGUUAAGUGUUUUAUUGUUAAGCGUAACAAUUUUAGACAUAUGUCAUGGAUCCAAAAUAUUGGCUAUAUUCGCAACGCCUUGCAAAAGCCAUUAUAUACUUGGGGAAGCGUUACUUCGAGGUUUGGUGACAAAAGGGCAUGAGGUGACUAUGAUCAGUCCAUAUACAUUAGAAAAACCGAUGAAGAACUACAAUCAUGUCGUAAUCAAUGGAAUGGUGGAUUUGAAAGAAAAGUAUUCUCCAAUGUUUACUAAUUUAAACAUAUCGAUCUUGGAAAAAGCAAAGUUAAUGUAUGAAAUAUUCCCAGCUAUUAACCACAUAGCUCACAGCAGCUCUAAUGUUCGCGAGUUUGUCAGGAAAGGGGAAAAAUACGAUCUGUGUAUUGUAUCCUUCAUAUUGAUGGAAUCUAUAUUUGGAAUUUGUAAUAUGGUACAAGCUCCAGCAAUAGGAUUCAGCGUUAUAGGAAUGUCUUCAUAUCUCAGCUAUCAUACCAACAACCCUGUGCCAUUUUCAUACGUGCCUACUCCAUUUUUGAGUAUAACGGAUCAAAUGACUGUCAUGGAGAGAGUCAAAAAUGUCCUCACCUCUUACUUCUUUGAAGGACUGACGCAUUUCGUGUUGAUGCCGUACCAUCAAAAAUUGCUGAAUACAUAUUACCCACAGUUACCUAAAAUAGAAAAAUUAAUGGACAAUGUGGAUCUUUAUCUGAUGAAUUCUCACACGUCGACUGAUUCACCUAAACCUUUACUACCAAAUAUUAUUCCAAUAGGAGGCUUCCACUUGCAAAUUAUGGACGAAAUUCCGAAAGACAUUAAAAAAGUACUAGACGAGUCGAAACAGGGUGUUAUCUACUUCAAUAUGGGUAGUAAUGCCAAAAGCACUGACUUGGAUCCUGAAAUUAAAAAGGUACUACUAAACACAUUCUCCAAACUUGACUAUGAUGUGGUUUGGAAAUUUGAAGCAGAUCUACCAAACAAACCCAACAACGUUCACAUUGCAAAAUGGUUACCUCAACGACCUAUUUUGAUGCACCCCAGUGUCAAAAUCUUUAUGACUCAUGGAGGACUUGGCGGAACAGUAGAAGCAAUUCACGGUGGAGUACCAAUGAUCUGUAUGCCAGUGUUUGGAGAUCAGGGUAAGAACUGCGCAGAUAGUGCCCAAAAUCAGUAUGCAGUAGUUGUGGAACUAAUGGGACUCACAGAAGAAAAACUAUUAAAUGCCAUCAAAGAAGUAGCCACUAAUCCAGUGUACAAAGAGAAGAUUAUGUUAAAAUCUGAUUUAUAUAGAAAACAAGAGGUCAAUCCAAUGGACAAAGCUGUAUUUUGGGUGGAGCAUGUUAUUCGGCAUAAAGGUGCCAAGCAUUUAAAAUCUAAUGCAACUAAUAUUCCUUGGUAUCAAUAUUAUUUGUUAGAUGUAAUCAGUUUCCUCGCCGGCGUGUUACUGCUUGUACUGAGCAUUGUGUAUUUUAUUAUUAAGCUUAACUUCAAAAUAUUAAGUUGGUUGAUAAAGAAAGUUACAGACCAAAGAAACUGUUCUAGAAAUGAAUUAAAACAAAAAUAUAAAAAGCUAUAAUUGUAUUGUUCAAAUUAAUCAAUAAGAAAAUAACAUAUUAAUAUAUAAUUUUUUUUUGUAAAUUCUACAUCAAUUCUAGAUACAAUAAAAUUUUUCUUUAUCUUGAUUCAAAA